AUGCGACUUUUUCCUGAUGACACAGCUUCGCCUGCAGCCCAAAUCAUCUCGUUCAACGCUCCGGAUCACGACCCCGGUGCACCGCUCACACUCGCUACACGCUAUCGCGAUACAUCCAUCUCCUCGCUCCAACAGUCUCACAACUUCUCUCACAAGCGCAACCUCAACCUACACAACACGUACAACCUUACAACUGGUAGGCACACGCAAUUCAACUUGCAGGGACCGAGCGACGACUAA